CACAUCUUAUCAGCCCCCCUUGUGAGGGCUGCAGGGUCCUGGCGGCUCCCUCGGCCUCGAUGCAGAAAACCCCCUGCCCGCUGCGAUCCCCUGCUUUUCUGCAGGACGCAUCUGCCCUGGAGCUGAUCAGUCCUGGGUAUUGUCCACUAAGGUACCAUUCUUGAGCAGGGAGGCUGGAUGGUCCCUUCCAACCUCAACCACACUGUGAUUCUAUGCAAUGUUGAUGUUGUGGAAACACUGUCAAACUCAGGACAAAUUAACAGCACUGUGUUCCUUCAGUUCUCUUCUUUAAAAGAUCAACUGUCAUUGCUCACAGGGUGCAUCCUUGGACAAGUCACUUAGAUGCAGAUCCUGAAAGGUUUUCAAGGCUCCAAUUAAUUCCAAAGACAUCUUUAAAGGGUUAAAGCCAAGUAAUCCAACCAUGACCGGCAAAACACAGACCAGCAAUGUCACCAAUAAGAAUGACCCGAAGUCCAUCAACUCUAGAGUCUUCAUUGGUAAUCUGAACACAGCCAUUGUCAAAAAAGGUGACAUCGAAGCGAUCUUUGCAAAGUAUGGAAUAGUUGGCUGCUCAGUGCACAAAGGUUACGCAUUUGUACAGUACAUGAGCGAGAGGCAUGCAAGGGCUGCAGUGGCAGGAGAGAACGCCAGAAUCAUUGCAGGGCAGCCACUAGAUAUCAACAUGGCAGGAGAACCAAAACCAUACAGACCAAAACCUGGCAACAAGCGGCCACUUUCAGCACUUUACAGACUUGAAUCAAAGGAGCCUUUUCUGUCCGUUGGGGGUUACGUCUUUGAUUAUGAUUACUACAGAGAUGAUUUCUACAAUCGGUUGUUUGAUUAUCAUGGCCGGGUCCCUCCCCCACCCCGUGCAGUGAUACCACUGAAGCGUCCUCGUGUGGCUGUGACAACAACUCGCAGAGGCAAAGGAGUUUUCUCCAUGAAAGGAGCAUCACGAUCCACCUCAAGUGGGGCUUCUUCCUCAGGAUCCAAAUCACCCACCUGUCUUCCCCUGCCCCUUAUGUGGAGUGAUACUGCCCUUGGAAGCGUCACUGGAAGAGGAAGAGAAAGAUCAGUGAAAUCAGAUGAGUUGCAAACAAUCAAGAAGGAAUUAACCCAAAUCAAAACAAAAAUUGACUCCUUGCUAGGGAGACUGGAAAAGAUUGAAAAGCAGCAAAAAGCUGAAGCAGAAGCUCAAAAGAAACAAAUGGAAGAUAAUGCUGAUUUGAUUCAAGAGGAAUGCAUAUCAGAGAAUGCAGAUAACUCUACAGAAGAGCCUAUUGAAGGAGGGCCAGAUGCAGAUGGGGAUGGAGAAGAGAUGACUGAUGGGAUAGAGGAGGAUUUUGAUGAGGAUGGCAGCAAUGAGCUGUUUCUACAGAUCAAGUGAUGAGAUGCAAUGUGUGAAUCCCCUGAAGGCUGAGAAGAGAAACUCUGACUUCCCAACAGAAAAUUGUGAACCGUGGUUUCUUACUGGCUAGCAAGACCUUUGAUUCAAUUUGUACAAAAAUGCAAUUUACUUAUUAAAAAGGACAUUACUGUUAAAAUAUUAGAAAUUCCAUUUCUUAUAUGUUCUAAGCUGUACAAUUGUCAGAUUUUUAUGGUUUAGAUUGUAAAUGUGUUUUUCUCUGGCUAAUUAUUGGUAUUAUUUUUUUAAUUUCGAUGUCUUAAAGGCCAAUGUACUGUAUCAUAAUAAUAUGAAGGACAUAUUUAACAGAUGUGAGAAACACUGUAUUCAAAUGUAUAUUUCUAAGAGCUAUUUUUAUGAUUAGCAUGUUUUACCAUAUUUAGAGUCAGUUGAUAUUGCACUUCUUUGUUUACAGCUUAAUUCAAACAAGAUCAUUAUAAUUAGUGUCACACUUAGAUACUUUGUAUGGUAUUUUCCGUUAUUUUAUUUAUUAUAUUUGUCAUUUAAAAUAAUCAUGUUUACCAAUAGAGAUAGCUGAUAAAAAGUAAAAAUGACAAAAUAUGAGAGCAAUCCUUGAUAAACUGUAAAUUUGGUCCACUUGUUAAUCCCUUUAAUCAGCUAAGUGCUUUCUGUGAUGCCACUCACUAGGCAGUUGUUAGAGCUGUAUCUGCAAAUCUUUAAAGGCAGUUUUUUGUUACCAUAUGAGAAGUUUACACGGAAGCCAAUUUCCUGUCUAGCCAGGUACAUUCCUUACAGGCUGUCAAUACCUGAGAGCCUAAGUUGUCUUACUGAUUGUUUUAUUGGUUGUUUUAUUUUUUGGCAGUAGUCUUUCCACUCUCAAACUCCUAACACCUUUCUACAAGCCUGAAGUUGGAAUGAUUAAUUAUUACAGAUGUUGUAGGGGUAAUCUUAUCAUAGAGUUUCUGAAUAAAUAUUUCCUUUCAAACA